UUUCUACCAAGAAUUCAUCUGAUUUAAUCCCAAGCAGUCUAAGUUAAGAUAUUUUGGAUUAUUUUAUUCCAAAUUAGGUGAGAUCUUAUCCUAAAAGGAGUGGACUAGUCAACCAUUGACCAAGACCAUAAAAACCCAAUUUUCCUUCUUCUUUCCCCCUAGUGUGGCCGAAAUACUCAAAGAGAGAGAGAGAGUGAAAUUGUCAUCAUCUUCUUCAAAGCUCCAACUUCCAUAGCCAAGAUCUCCACACAAACCUCCAAGAUAUUCGGUAGCAAGCGAAAGGCAAUAGAUGAAGGAAACACAUCAACAAGCAAAGAGCCCCGAACAUCCACUGCAGAGCUAGGCCAAGAGCAACUAGAGGAGCAACCCACUGAACAGGCACAGCAGCCCCAGCAAGAGCAGAUUGAAGAAGAACAACCUGCCCAAGCAGAUGAGGUUGACAACCCAGAGCAAACGGAUGCUGAGGAUAACACCACGAGGGCAGAUGAUGAUGGACUAAAAAUAAGGGCACUUCCAAAAAUACUAACCAAUGUUGUAAAGCAACUAAGCCCUGCACAGCGCCAAGCUGUAAAAGACAUUGGGCUAGGCAAUCUUCUAGACCUACAAAUCACCAAUUUGUCGUGCCAGAUGGGGCUAUGGUUAGUUGAAAACUUCGAUCCAAGAAGCUGCACAUUACAGCUCCAAAACGGACACACUAUCCAUAUAACUGUUGAUGAUGUUACUGCAGUUCUUGGGCUGCCAAAGGGAAAUAUUGAAAUAACAAAGAGAACAGCGAAGGCAAUCCCAGAAAUAUUGAAAGAAUGGAGGUGGUUCUUUGAAAAAACAACUGCAUAUAUCACACCAAGAGCAUUGAGAAGGAAAAUGGUAGAAGUUGAUGUUGUUGAUCCAUGGUUUAAGUGCAAUUUUGCCCUGCUGGUGAUGAGCGCAUUAAUAGAUCCAAUGGUCAAUGGGUAUGUGAACCAAAACUAUAUUGACCACCUCCUGGAUGUGGGCAACAUACCAAAUUUGAAUUGGAGUCAGAUGGUCAUCAAUGCAUUGAUCAAUAGCAAGCAGGUGUGGAUGAAAAGCGCGGCCAAGCUGUAUGGAGGACCAAUUCUCUUCCUCAUGGUAUUCUAUGUGGACCGUGUGGUGCUUUUCAGACGCAUAGUGCCAAGAGUCUUCCCAGCCAUAAAAAAUUGGACAUUCAAGUUGCUGUCUAAAAGAGAGCGUGAUGAGAUAAAGUUAGGAGGAUUUGGAUAUGGGCAUGUUGAUACUGCCUUGAGGCUUGAAAAUACAACACCUGAGGAGGGAAAUCCAUCAAUUCCAGUAUCUGAUGUCCCACAGCCACCACAACACCCACAGCCACAAGAAAAGGACACCCCCUUGCCAGAAGGAUUACAGGGUUUUAUUAAUGAAAUAACCAGCCACACAAGGACAAUUGCAACAGGGCUGUUAAAAGUAGCAAGGCUAGUUGAGAACGCACCAACUGCAAUCUUGGAAGAUGACAGGUUUAAGAAGAUGUUUGAAUCUGCACGGCAACUGCUAGGUUUCAAAACUCAAGAAACCAACAUCUAACUUUCUCACAACAAGAAGACGCAUUUUGGGGUAACCCAGAAUUCCUCAAUGCAGUUGAUGAGAUCGUGCGUGCAGUGCAAAAAAGGACUUAUCUGAUUGACGUCCCUUCAUUUAGCCUUGGAUUGACACAGGAGGAGCAAACUCAACGUUGGGAUGAUGUCAGUGCUGUGGCAAGAGAUUACAAUGAAUGUGAACAGAGCAAGGAAGGAGAGGAAAAUCAAGUAGCUGAUGAUGAAGCUAUUGGAGAUGAGACAGCUGAAGGAAGAGAAAGAAGUGAAGACAGAGCUAAUGAAGGUGAAGGAGCUCAGGCAAGAGAAGCUGACACUACGGCGCAAGCUGAUGAGCAGGUCACACCAGAUCAAAUGCAACAAGGAAGUGCAUCUCAAUAAUAGAUGUAAACGCACCAAUCAAUGCAACUAAGGAUGCAAUAAGGAAGUGGGUGUUGGAAAAUCCUCACCCUGUUCCGGCCCAAGAAUUAUUCAGAUUUGAAUCAAGGGUUAUCCACUGGUCUGAUAUGCUUUUACUGAAGCCGAACACCGAGAUCCCCACUAGUAUCAUUGAUGCUUGGGCAGCUAUUCUGAACCAUAAUGAGUGACCGACUUUCAGCAAUGCUGUUUGCUUCAACUUGGACAACUCUCUACACAGUUGUGAAUCCCCUAGGAGAUGAGGAUGAGAGGUAUAAGAAAUUCAAUGACAGCUACCUCGUGGACAAGACCUUUGCAGUGGAGACCAGAUGGCAUAACAUUCAACAUUUUCUGUUUCCAAUAAUAACAUCUCAACACUACUACCUGAUUCAUUUUGACCCACUCUGUGAGAGAUUUGAUGCAAUAGACAACUCAUCUUCGGUUUCCAAAACCGAAGACAAAUAUGGAGAUGUGCCUAAGAAAUUGCAAGCAUUCCUAUUCAUGUUCUUGAGUGGUUUGAAAUCGAGUUACAAAGCUAAGAAGAUUCAAAAGUUGAAAGUGAAGAGGAUGAAAAUGUCUUGGAGGGAUAACAGAAACAAGAUUGAUUGUGGUGUAUUCCUCAUGCGCCAUAUGGAAACAUUUAGAGGCCAAUUACCAGAGCAUUGGAACUGUGGGUUGCAGAAAGAAAACAAUGACCAAUUGAAUGCUUUAAGAGUGAAGUACUUGACUGCACUCGUGAUGUCAGAUCUGAAUGAGCACAAAGCACGGAACAUACAACAAGCAGCAGAGUUUGGGUUGGAAUGCUGACUUUGAAGGUAAGUUUGUUAUCUCAUAAUCUGUUGGUGACUACUUUGACAAUAUUGAUUGGACAAUGGUUUUUGGUUGACAAUUGGGGACAAGCGUGACAACAGUUUGACUAUAGUUAUUAGUUGAUAUGUCUACUAAAGCUUUUGGGUAGGUUUUGGCUGUUAGUAUAUUUGACAGUACUGUUUGGCACAUGGUUAAUGAACAGUUAUGCAUGCUUGGAAGCAUAUGUUAAAAACA